AUGGCCACUGCUGUAGCUGCUACAACCACUACAUCAGCUACGGCUGCUACAGCUGCCACCAUGGGGGCAGCAGCGCCAGGAACUGCAGCAGAAAAAGCAGAAGCAGAAGCAGCAGUGGCACGUGCAUGUGUGGGAGAGGGGUCGGACAAGGGCCAUGAGAUGGCUCUGGAUGGGCUGGCGCACCUGGCUCUGCUCACCAACACCAUCAUGGCUGCAGGUGGGUGUCUGUCUGUGGACAGGGGGCCAUGUGUGGGAGAGGGGUCGGACAAGGGGCAUGAGAUGGCUCUGGAUGGGCUGGCACACCUGGCGCUGCUCACCAACACCAUCAUGGCUGCAGCCCCGGUGGUGGAUCACCAUUGCACGAGUCUGUUCAAGUGGUUGCAUCUUGAACCAGAGGAGGAGGAGGACGAGAAGGACAAGGCAGGUAGCAGCAGGAGAGCGGGGAGAGGAGGACGUGGGGGGGGGGGCAGCAGGAGCAAGGGACAACACAGGAAGGGGAACGGGGAGAAAGAGGGGAAUGAGGCGAAAGAGGGGAAUGAGGAGAAAGAGGGGAAUGAGGCGAAAGAGGGGAAUGAGGAGAAAGAGGGGAAUGAGGCGAAAGAGGGGAAAGAAGGGUAUGGAGGUAAGAAAGACGAGGAUGAAGAGACGGGAGUUGAAGGGGAGGAGCGGGAGGGAGAGAAGGCGGGGUGUGAAGAAGGGGAGGAGGGAAGUGAUGGGUUUGAGUGGGAGGGGGUGCAAGAGGGCACAGGUCCAAUUGGCAGUGGAGAACAUAAGCUGGGAGAGGUGUCUACUCUGCAGGCCAUGCCUGUGAGUAUUCAAGAGGCUAUGGUUCGAUUCGGUGGGAUGGGGGGGGCUGGGGAGGAGGUGGGGGGUGGGGGGCGAGGAGGAAAGAGAGGGGGACGAGGAGGAGGAGGAGGAGGAGGGGGAGGGGAAGGAAGGGGAGGGGGGAGGAGGGGAGGACGGAUGAUGUUUCCAAUGCAUGGUUUUGGGGGUGGUAAUGGGAAUGAUGAGAGUGAGGAGGAGGAGGACGAGGAUGAGGAGGAGGAUGAGUGGGAAGAAGUGGAGGAGAGUGAUGUGGGAGGGGCUGAAGGUGGGCUAGAGAUUCCCCCGGAGCUGUUUCAAGCACUCAUGGCGGAGGGAAUCACACCUGCAGAGAUGGUGGCAGAGUUACGAGAGCUAGAAGAAGAGUUUGGUGCGGAGGAUGAGGAGGAAGAGGAGGAGGAGGAGGAUGAGGAUCGGGUGGACAUGGGCACGGAUUCUAGCUGGAGUGUGCUGCUGGGGUUGCUGUCUCGGCCGGUUGUUGCUGCUGAUCCCUUUGCUGUUCUGCUCUCGCUCAUUCAGUCCAAGCAGCCCCGCCCCUCUGCUGCCAUGACACAAGCCAUCCUCCUUGUCUCUUUCUGUGUGGCCGUCACACAAUCCCUCGCCGCCCUCCGCCCCUCCUCUCUCUCCGCCUCCAACCCCUCCUCCCGUGCCUCCUCCUCCUCCCGUGCCUCUGUCCCUUUCCUGGGGAUGUUUCCUCGACCCAACCCUAUCUCUGCCGCUGCUGCCGCCGCCGCUGCUGCCACUGCUGCUUCCGAACCUGCGGGCGAGGAGUGGGCUGAUCCUAUCAAAUCAUCAACUGUUGUCUUCCUCGCCACUCUACUCGCUCCCUCCCCUCUCCAUUCUAGGCCUCACGCUUCUGAGGCGCCUCCCCAUCUUGUUCUUGCUGUACCAGCAACCCGACUCUCCUCCUCCUCCCAUCUGCUCAUCUCAGGCCCGCAAUUGCUGCUCGCUGAUUGGCUGCGCCGCUCCCUCGCCCUUCCCUCCGUGACCUCUGUGCUUCGCCUAAUGGCCUCUGCCAACAGUGAAGCAUCAUCCUGCCAGCCGUGGCACCUCAGCCGCAUGUUUGCAUCGUGGAACUUACCAUCGGACCCACCCCGGCUGGUCAGAGCGCCCACCCAGCCAUCCUUCCACCCAUUGCCGGAGAUUUACCAGGACCUGCUGCUAUCCACGAUGAACAAGGCAUGCAGGAACUGUGGCCAGAAACCCCCCAACCCCGCUGUCUGCCUGUGCUGUGGCGAAUUGCUCUGUUACAACUCCUCCUGCUGCCGCCCAGACGGCCGUGGGGAGUGCUACAGACAUGCACUGAGAGAGAAUGGGGGCACAGGCCUGUUCCUGGUGAUGCAAUCAACGCAGUUGGUGUUGAUACACGGCGUGCACAUAUGUGCCGGUCUCUCCAUCUAUCUCGACUCACAUGGAGAGGAUGAUGCCUUCAUGCGGCGUGGUCGGCCGCUGUACCUUAGCCAUUCCCGCCUUGCAGAGCUUUCUCGUCCGGAGGGCAAAUUUAUCUACCACUGUUCAGGCUCGAGCAGAACCGCGUUUCCGAUCAGCAGAAGUCGUUCCGUAAGGAUUAACGCAGCAGCAGGUGGAUCCGGUAAGGGAUUUGGGUCUGGCCCGUCGAAGGGUAGCAAGGGUAGCAAGACUUCUGGGGGGACCAAGAAACCGCGUGAAAAUGGGUCGAAAUCAUCAGGACCGUCCGCCGUCGUGCCAGAAGAUCCGAAGAUCACGCGUCUCGUGCAGAAAUUGGAGGAGAAGUCCUCCUCCAACGAAGCGCCGACACGCGGCCAUCCCCUGGUCGACCAGCGCGCAGCAGCAAAAGGCCGCGUAGACUUCGUCCGGGUGGAAGGUUGGGAGGCCGCAGGUUCGGCAGCAUCGGAAUUAGGUCCGGACGAAAUCGGCAAUCUCAAGGUGAAAAGCUUCACUCCCGGCACCACUUCUCAAGGCUACGAGGCUCGGGCCGAAGCUGACCAGCAGCCUCGGCAGCAACUGGCUGAAGGAGAUGCACCCGCGCCGCAGGUAGGCCUGUACGAGCGCCUGGUGAGGCACCUGCAGGUUCUCGAGUCGCAGGGGAAGCUCUCUGUUGCGCGGGCAAAAGGCGAGCCGCCGCUGCCGUCGUUCGAUCGGUGGAGGUUCGGAGCGAAGAGGUUCGGGCAAUACCUAGUUGAUCAGAUGCACGUGCACGAGGCUCUUGAUAGGUCUGUGCUACAAGCCCUUGACGGGAAAACCGGCGGGGAUUCUGGCGGCAAUGGUGGGAAUGAUAUGUCAGGAGCCACGAGGGUUUUAAGCCUGGUGGGUCCAGCAAUGGGGCUGUCGCGAAGCGAGGCUUUAAGGAGCGAUAUCGCAGCUCUUUCUAAUGUGGGUGCCACCACGGGCAAAACAGCAGCAGGAUCAGAAGCGGCAAGAGCAGAAGCAGCAGGAGCAGGAAGGGAGGCAACUGCAGGAGAAACAGUAGUACCUGGAUCUGCCACCACGGAGACCAUAGCCUACGUGCGAAUGAUCGAGCAACUGGGCCAGAAAGCAUCAGCCUCAACCAGCGGUGGUGCUGCCUCAGCGGCCAUUUCCCCUGCUGACGCUGCUCGCCUCCGGCUCUUCUCCCACACGUUCACUCUACUGGUCACGCACCUAACCAACGGCAUGCGCAUCGGAGCUAAGGCAGUGGAGUGCCUGCCCUCCUUGCGUGCAGCCAAGGCUGUAAGCUUCUUUCAGGAGUAUCCUGAGAUUGUAGGGGACCCUAUGAAGGCGUUCAGGGCUGCUGUGGAUGAGGCGGGGAAGGGGAUGAGUGAGGGGGAGGUGGAACUGGUGGAGGGCGAACUGGGCCCUGCUAUGGUGAAAGCUAGUCUGUUGUUGAAAGUGUUGGCUGUAGAGGAGAGGGAGGUGGUCAGUGCACCCUAG